UAAAGAUUCACAUCACUGUGAAAAAAAAAAUGACAAAACCUGAGCGUUCUUUCACACUUUCAUCCACCACAAUUUUCAUCAUGCUCACUAGUGCUGUGUUUGCCUCUCUAUUUGUACUAGCCAGUGCACAGUCAUGGAAGCGGGGUCCAUUUAUCGAGGCCGUCACAGACUGCUCCCAGUUCCCAUCAUACAAUAAUGACACGAAAAUGGCCGGGCCCUGGACACUCAAGGUCGAUAGCUGCUACAAUGCAACCGCGACUGCGGGGUUAUGCAGCAUCGAGGGCUUCGAGACUGGAAGUGACAUCACACGACAACGAGAAGACACACCGAAUACGAUCGAGCAUGGAUUUCUCACGAUCGUAAGCGACAACAACAAUAUCAAAACCCAACUCCGCUGCAACGGCCUCCUAAACACAAUCGAAGCAAACGUCCUCUCCGGCCCCGGCGCCGGCUCCCUGAACUGGCAUGCCGUCGGGAUAGACCACCACCCCAGCACAGGGCGACUGGUCUGGGGCAAACCCUACUCCGAGCCUGUACAGGCAUACAGACGCUACCACCAUGGUGUAGCCGCUGACGGCCUCUUCCUCGGAUCGAACAAUGAGACGAAUUGGAGUGUGCACUCUGCUGGGCGGGAUGUGAGCUUUACGGAUAUGAAGCCGUAUUGGGUUAUGCGAUUGAUGAUUCCCGAGACGAAGAUUCGGGAGAAUGAGUUCAGGACAUCCAUUCGGAUUGAUGGCAGCUGACUUUGCUUUCCUUUGCGCUCAUUAUAUGGGUGUGGCUCUUGUGUUUCCUGUUAUUAUACCCCCGUGCAUGCAUACUGGUGGUUGUGCUACGUCUAUUUUGUACAAUACCCUAGCAAAUGUUCCUCAACGCUUCCCAUUUUCAUGGCAUAAA